UGGAAAUAACCGAGACACGGAACAUGAGUGUUACUUUUUUCUGGUGCCAUUUAGCGAACACCAGAGACAUACCUGUACGCGUUACGUCCGCACCACACCGGGAGGGGUUUUGAAUGUUUUUGUGUGACUGUCAAGAGUCGACUGUAAUUUGAAAUAAGACGUCGGACUGAAGAUCAAACCCAUAGUUUACUGACUCCGGUCUGUUUUGCGGUCUAUUCCUAUUAUAAUUUUUUCCUGAGAAGCAAUCAGUCAAGGAAUAUUCAGUGUGUUCUGGUGUGGUGCUGGUGGUGGGGAUUUUAUAUCCACCUCGUUUUUUUUUAGAAGAAUGGCGCGAGACUACGCUAAACAAUCACCAAUGAUGUUGUUGGUGACAGCAGGGAUACUUCUGAUUAUUCAAGCUGCGUCGUGUCAGCGGGUGAGGGUGAGGGUGGUGGCGGAGGUGGAGGCAUACCCCACCGAGUCGGUCGACCUGCGCUGUCAGUUUGUCGAUGAAGGAAACACCAAGCUCACACAGGUGUCGUGGAUAUGGGAGCCCAGGGAAGGCCAGAGGGACAACAUUGCGGUCUUUCACCCCAUAUACGGCGAGAGCUUCCCCGAAUCUCCCUUCAACGGGCGUGUCAGCUUCAUCCAAGGCACCUUGACAAACCCCUCCAUUACCAUCACCAGCCUCAAGAUGGCCGACGCCGGGCGGUUCACCUGCGAGUAUGCCACUUACCCCAGCGGCAAUGAGCAAGGCACCACCAAUCUGGUCAUACUUGCGAAACCCAAGAAUUCUGCAUCUCCCGUUGUCGUCCAAGCCAGCACCAGCGGCAAACCAGUGGUCGUGGCCCAGUGUGAGGCGGCCGACGGCAAGCCAGCAGCCACCAUCAAGUGGAUGGGAGAAGUCGGUGGCACCGAAAACACCACCUCCAAAAAAGUGCAGGACGGCACGGUGACGGUGAGGAGUGAGUACCUCCUGGUGCCCACGCCCGAGGACAACGGCAAGGAGGUCACCUGCAUGAUCAGCCAGCGCACUCAGGACAAGCCGCAGACCUUUCCCAUGAAGCUGUCCGUCGAGUAUCCCCCAACUGUGUCCAUAGUGGGCUAUGAUAACAACUGGUACAUUGGCCGGACCGACGCUGUCCUGACCUGCCAGGCCACUGGCAACCCUGUCCCCACCACCGUCACUUGGACAGCCAUGUCCGGUCGCAUGCCUGACACGGUGCAGAUCGACGCCAACAAGCUGAUCGUGCGGAAGGUGGACGAGGCUGUGAACACCACCUUCGUAUGCGAGGUGAUGAACCGGCUGGGAGUGGGCAAGCACCAGGUCACCACAGCGGUCAUCGAGGCCAUAGCGGACCCGUCCAACGCGGGUGUGGUGGCGGGGGCUAUCAUCGGCAGCCUGCUGGCCCUGCUGCUGGUCAGUGCGCUGAUUGCUGUCCUGGUGAACCGCAGUCGCCGGCAACGGCGCGGUUACCCCGGCAAUGGAGAGCCAGGCGCCUACGGGAACAAAGCCCGCCUCUUCGGCGGAGCUGGCAACAAGAGCGAAGGCACGGGGGCCAACAUCAACGGGCCCAUCUAUACGUACCGCGAGAGUGACCCCGGCGCGCUGGUGGAGAAUGUCAACGACUUCCACCGCCAUGGCCCGCCAGGCUCCACCCCCACCGCCCACGACAUCCUGCUGAGCAGCGAGAUGGACGAGGCAGAGCGCAGGAAGUUCGACGCCCUCGACGACAGCCUGGAGGAGGAAGAGGAGCGCUACGACAGCUUUAGCGUGGGCAUGGCGCCAGCUUAUCACAUCCACCGGCACAACGAGGAGAUGGGAGGGGUCAGCAUGUACCUGGACGACGACAUGGAGUCACAGCGAGACGGGUCGGUCAUCUCCCGGACUGCCAUCUACGUCUAGAGAGGGACGGUCAACCAACCCGGGUCCAAGAGGGAGAGCUGAGGACACGGAGGAGAGUCCAUCACCACCAAUCAACAACCACCUCUCUGGAACGAUACCACCAACAACCACCUCUCUGGAACGAUACCACCAACAACCACCCCUCACCCUGCAUACUAUAUAGACAUGCUACGCUUAUGAUAAUAAAUAAAAAAAAUCACUACAGAAACAAAACAAGGAGUUGAAACUGAACUGUAACUGAUGAACAAGCAGAAUGAUAACUUGAGUGCGCUGGUCAAUGAAUAGACAUCUUGAUAAGUCAGUCAGUCUACCAAAAAAAAUGAAACAAUGUAACUCAUCUUCAAUGCUGCUUAUUGCUCCAUUUCAUUUCCGCUUAGCAAGUGAAAUGUGAAGAAUGACCAUGUGACUGCAUUAGUAGCCAACUAAUCCACAGGACUGCAAACACUAUAAGACUUUUUCUUGGUAAGGUCACUUACCAUUCAAUGUCGCCUUCAUGGUAAAACUUUAGACGCAUUCAUAGAUGGUCACACUAGUUAUAUAACCACUGCUACUGCUUCAAGAUGUCCUCUAGUGGACUGCGGUGUGGAGGACAAGGAAGAAAGCUGUAACUUGCUGUCUUAAUGUGCAUCACAGGCGUUCUAUAGCACAGUGUUAUGUAAUGGUCUUUGUAUUAUCAAGAUGUUUGGGCCUUCAGGCCUUGUUCAACCACAUUUGGUGUUAAUGACUCAUAAUGACUUAGACAGAGUUAGUCCCACCAACUUUGUUUCCAACUUCAUUUUCAUGCACAUUUCCUUCUUUCUAUUGGUAUUGGGAUUACUUCCUUUUAUAUAUGGGAGGCCAGCGACAUGGUAGACCAAGCUGGAGAUGGGGUUUGGACGAGAGAAGUGGGCGACCAGAUCUGUUUCCUUUUCCACCUGUAUGUUGGCUGUGUUCACGUUGGUGGAACGUCACUGCUAAGAGGGCAGCGGGUCAGCUGGCACGAUCCGAGGGUAUUGGGGCCACGUGCCAGGCUGCACUAGCCUACCAUGCUGAGGGACCAACCAGCUCCUGUAACGAUCGGAGCCACGUCUAGUCUGCCUAGCUAUAGAUAAGACAGACCGACUGAUAGAUGGACACGCAUGCCCAGCUCUAACUGGACCUACUGCUCCAACUGUCAGUUUGACCAAUAAAAAAAAAGGAAACGGACUCCAUUUCCCCGGCAAGUCAAUAAAUGCGCCGUUCGCCGCUGAUGCUCGAGGGACCAGAGGCAGUGGCGGAAUAUUUCCCUCUCAGUUUUUACCAGAACAAGCUGUUCCUAGCCCACAUGUUUAAUUCAGGAGUAGAAGAGGCAUAAAAGUGUUGUGCUUUAUCUUGUGUAGAGGUAUAGAGAGAGAGAGGCUGAUUUCCGGAUGGUAUUGAUCACUUUUGCGAUUAAUCCAGUUAAGCCGAAGCAUUAAUAAGACAAGCCGCACAUAUGGCUGAAAUUGCGAAGUUUUGCUCCCGAAUACAGUAGGAGUUAUGAGGUCGACCGUCUGCCUUGUUGUCGACCGUCUACGAUCGAUUAUCUACUUAGAAAUACAGUAUUAUAAUUUUAUUAGCAGGGCGAAAUGCUUGGUUGAGUUUUAUUUUUGCUGUAUGUUAAUGGGAAAAUCUCUGCCUGCCCUCUAAGGGGGCAGUAACACAUACAAUAUGCCUGUGACUGUGUGUGGGGAUAUUUCUGACCGAGGCCCAUUAGUUCUAAGUCUGGCCGGCAUAUGUGUUUUCGAGUUCUGAGUUGACCGAAUUUGACUCGCUGCCAGACCUGGAACGAGGUUAAGGGGCUAACCCCACCCGCAGUAUGUUCCACUGUCGGAUUGGCGCCGUUCACUUUAAAGUAGCGGCCGAGUGUGUGCUGAUGAGUGUGUGUAUUUUGCAAGGGUGUGUGUAGCGUGAUUGUACAGAUUUGAGUUGUGUGUAUCCCACAUGCUGAUUCACUGCGCAAUAGCCCAAUGUUAUGCAGGACUUGUUUUGCAUAAUUUCAUACAUAUGGAUGGCUAAGCCUAUCAUGAUUUAUCUCUGAGUCAUUCAUCACUCAUUUCAUGCACAGUAACCUCACUGAUGAAAGGGUUGGGGGACAGUGAUAGGAAACUGCUUAGCACGGGGACCCGCAUGGACAUGAAUAUUACACUGGUGGAGCCGGAAUGGAGACGGACUGGCUCAAAGGGCCUUUGGAGUGGUAUCCAGUGCCACACCGGCCAGAUGGAAACUUGAUUGGGUAUUGGUAUGUCUUGAUUGGGUAUUGGUAUCCGGGCCGUUGCUCUGUAAAUGUUGUGACCCACUCCCCCUCCUUUGCCUUUUCUUAUCACAGAUUCAUAUCGCAUUAUCAGAUCAUCACCACUGUGUUCAAAUUAACUGUUUUCCUUAUGAUGUUUUGUGCGAAUGGGUAUCCAUUUUUUUCUAAUUAAGAAAAAUAAGUGUUCUUAUG